UGCUGCUGUCGCCAUGGCCGCUGUGAACCUCUCAAACUCCCCUAUCACGCAGGUCUCCCAAACACCGGUGCAGACGAACCUCCAGCCCCAGCUCUUGACACGCCUCCUCCUCGAUCUGCGCGGCAGGCGAUUCUCCGUUGACCGAGAGAACAUCCUCAGCCUUCCCGAAUCUGUCCUGCUCUGCCUCUUUCCAAACGGGCUCGUCCUAAGUCGUCAAAGCGCCGCGUUAUCUGAUGGAGGAGAUAAUGAUGACUACGAGGAGCUGUAUGGGGUUGAUUUCGACCCCGACUGCUUUGAAUUCGUCCUCACCUUCUUCCAACAUGCGCGCGAAGAGUUCUAUGGCACAGGCAAUUCUCCGGGUCUCCUUGCGGCGCAGCAGCAGCUCCUCGAUGGAGGUUCGCCUACGUCCGAUUUUGGGCCCUCACCUUCGCAGAAUCCGCUCUUGACCAAGCAGGCGAUCAUCGUCCUCCGCGAGGAGCUCGAGUACUUCUCCAUCCCGCCAAAGGAGGGCAAGGAGGCAACGGAUGCGCGUGGCAUCGCGAACGACGCGCUGCUCGACCUCAAGCGGAAGUGCGGUGAUUACCUCCUCCACAAAAGGAACAUCUUCACCGCGCUGCAGCGCAACGUGAACAAGGAGAAUAACCUCGCGGAGCAGCACCUGAUUGACAUGUUAUGCAUGAGUGGCUUCGACCGCGACGAUGAAUGGGGCUACCGCGCGAUGGAGCCGUCACGGUGUUGCAUAUCGUCCAUCGCCCUCGUGCUCCUCAAGACGGGCAUUGUCCACGCAGCCGGUCCCACGGGCGAGCGGCAAGUGUCCGUCGACUACAACCAGAUGGCGACCGCGCAGAAACUGCUGCUCUUCUGGCGGAAACCCGCGCGCAAGUGCUGGUGGGACGGCAUCGAGGUCGACCUCGCAGAACAAGGCGAGCCAGACAAGGUCAUCAAGCUGUGGGCGCGACGAGUGUGGACCCUUGAGCUUAGCUUGGUUUAACGGCUCAGGUAUCAGGGCUUGGGAACACGGACACUUCACUCGUUUAUGGCUUCCGCUAGAUACCCUAAUAUUGCAGGAUGUACGAUACCUCUGCAUGAGCUCUCGUAUGCUAUGCUACUGCUCCAUGCUGCUCAACACUUGUCAAAGACAUGCGGAACUAGCGCUUUGUUUCCGCCGUUCUAUC